UAAUAUUUCGUCCAAGGGGAAGCAAUAUUAAUAGUAGGAGGAUUUCGUGGUUGAGUUAACUUGAAUGAUGAAGAUGAUUGACUAAUCACCCCAACUGAUCAAUAUAACGGAAAUUUAAUCAGUAACCAAAAUGCCUUCCAAACCAAGUGUUGAUUUCAAGGAAUGUCUGAAGGAUUCUCCUAUAUUUAGGUCAUCCCUAGAUUCAGCUGAACAAGACAUAGAACAUCUGGAGGCAAAGUUAGAGAGAUUAGUAAAAGUAUGCAACAUUAUGAUAGAGACGGGAAAGACAUUCAAAAAAGCUAGCAGUGAUUUUAUAGUUGGUGUCAGGGACUUAGCAUCCUAUUUCAAAACAGACGACUUGCUAAAUGACGACACUAAAGUAUCAAACUGUUUGUCUAAGUUUGCACAUGAAAUGACGGAGAUGCUGAAAUACUUCACAAUAUUGUUAGACCAAGCCAAUAGAUCUGUUUGUCAGAAUAUACAGAAAUUAAUUAAAACUGAUAUAAAGAAAGUGAAAGAUUCCAGAAAGGACUUUGAGAAGAUCAGUGAUGAUUUAGAUUCUGCGUUAAAUCGUAAUUCUAAUGUCCCCCGUACAAAAGUACAGGAGUGUGAGGAAGCUAAAAAUAUACUGACUGCCAAAAGGUCAUGUUUUGCUCAUGCGUCACUAGACUAUGUCUUUCAAAUAAAUGUUCUCCAUUCAAAGAAAAGAUUUGAUGUUUUAGAAACUAUGUUAUCAUUCAUGCAUGCCCAUAGUACAUAUUUUCAUCAAGGUCAUGACCUUUUCAAUGAAUUUGAUCCGGAAAUGAAGAGUAUAACUGUACAGGUAGAUGAGUUGAGAGUGAAAGCUACACAGGAGAGAAGAGAAAUGGAAGAACGUCACACAUUAGUCCAGAAAAAAGAUCUGUCUCAAAUUACCAGUUCUAUCCAUGGUGAAAACGGUGUUAUUGAAGGCUACCUCUUUAAGAAGACAAGUAAAGGAUUCAAAAGCUGGGUCAGACGUUGGUUUGCAAUACAGAAUAACCAACUUAUUUACAAGAAGAGGUCAGGGUCACAUAAUGCUUUAUCAAUCAUGGAAGAAGAUCUACGUCUAUGUACAGUUAAACCAGCCUACGACACAGAGAGACGAUUCUGUUUUGAAGUGUUAUCCCCUACAAGGAGUCAUCUGUUACAAGCAGACUCUGAUACAGACUGUCAGAUGUGGAUCACUGAAAUAACGUCAGGAAUCUCCAAAGCGUUUAAAGAUGCUGAAAAUCAAGAACUGAAACAGGAAGAAGACAAUUCUAGUCCUCAAGAGAACACGACAGUCGAAAAUGAAGUACCCACGACUCCUAAACUUAGUAAAGCACAGAUACGAUUACAACAGUUAUUCUCCAUCCCUGGUAAUGACCAUUGUAGUGAUUGUGGAUCCCAAGAUCCAAGAUGGGCUAGUCUUAACCUUGGUAUAACAUUAUGUAUUGAAUGUUCAGGAAUUCACAGAAGUUUUGGUGUUCACCUGUCCAAAGUAAGGUCCAUAACUCUGGAUGCCUGGGAACCAGAACAGUUAAAGGUUAUGGCUGAGUUAGGAAACGACAUUAUUAAUAGAAUUUUUGAAAAGAAUGUUGAUGAAACCAUAGCAACUAGGGCAACUGCAGAAUGCAAAAGAUCUAUAAGGGAAUCUUGGAUAAAGGCAAAGUAUGUUCAGAAAGCAUUUGUAAUGAAGUUACCUGGUCCUAAAACUACAGCAGGGAAGAAAAUAAGAGGAUGGAGUGUGAAGAAAAAGUUACGACGUUCUCCAGAUAAAGUAACUGGGGACCAGUCCGAUAAUGAAUUAGAUGUUACCAGUGGAUUAAUGGAAGGAAAAAAUAAUAAAGCAGUGAUGUCUGUUUCAACCAACAACGUAUUAAAUGAUAGCGACAGUGGUAUAGGAGCUAGUGCUUCAGAUGUUAUAGUCUUUGGUACAGAUUUAGAACUACCUGAUCUUGGUAGAUCAAUAAGCAUAGAAAGUUCCGAUGAAUCUGACACAGGCGUGGAUGAAGGUGAAGACUCCCAGUCGACAACUUCCUGGGAAGAUAUGAGUAAACUGGAUCCUAAUAUGCUACUAUACAAGGCAGCUCAAGCUAGGAACCUGACUGUUAUGUUGGAGGCACUAGCUAAUGGAGCAGACCCUAACUGGGUGAAUGAAGAGGAGGAAGGCAGAACUCCAUUAAUGAAAGCUGUUGAAACUGGUUCUCUAUCAGCUUGUGAGUUUUUAAUGUUAAAUGGUGCCAAACUAGACAGGGAAGAUAAAAACAAACGGAUGCCAUUACACCAUGCUGUUAUGCAUGGCAAUACAGGACAAGUUUGUCAGUUUCUGAAGAGGGGUGCUAACCUUCAUUCACCUGAUGCCAAUGGAAAGGAUCCAUUACAGAUAGCUGUAGAUGCUGCUAAUGCAGAUAUUGUCACACUAUUAAGACUUGCCAAAUUAAAUGAGCAAAUGAAAGAAGAUAGUGACAUGGGGAAUACUGAUGAUACAUUUAAUGAGGUGUUCAGAGACUUUUCUAAUAUGGCUUCAAAUAAUCCUGAAUUAUUACGGCGACAUGUGGAACAAACUGACCAAUCAGAAUCUAUGGACAAUAGCGUUGAACAAAGUCCAACUUGAUAUUGGAUAUUAGUUUAGAAAUUUUCCAAUAUUUUAAUGCAUUUGGGGUCAAAGUUUAGUGCAAUAGACGACUUAGUAACUUUCUGUUUAUAAUAAUUGUCAUAUUACUUUUGCUAAUGGUUGCUAAUAUCUGUGGCUUGUGUUUUCUUGUAAUCGAUGGUUUUCAAUUUUGCAUUUAGUUAAUGAAAAAUGUACCUUUGGCUCGCUGUGAAAUUCAAUGGAAUAAAUGAACCAACAGUAUCAAUUAAAAUUGGUAUGCUAUGAUUAAAAGAGUUAGACUGUAUACAUCACAUUCAAGGUACUGCCAAGAAAUGGUUUCUUCUUCAAAUGUACCUUCUCACUAUUCCAAGUUUGUCCAGUUUGCAGAUUUGAAAACCACAAAAUAUGCUGUACAUGCUUGCUAAAUAGACAAGUCAAAGCUAAUAGUAUAAUCUGCUUUCAGGUGCAGCUCCAAAGAUAGGGAAUACUAAAAAGUGCCACUCCUCUCAAUUAUGAUUAGAUAGCCAAACAUACCCCCCAAAACAAAUAUUCUGAACGUGCACCUGUAAAAUACUUGUUUGUUAAUUGUACAGCUAGAAGUGGACAAAACCAUCACAAAUGGAGAUUUGUCAUGUAUGAUGUAUGGCAUUGUAUGCUAUUUUAUUCUGUUUUAUAAAAUGCUGGACAUUGCUUUAUACCAUGACAUAAAAAAGAAGGGACCAGUUCCUACAAAAUUUAAGCACAAAAAAAAUAAAACUGUCUCAAUAGUAUAAAUUCAUUAAACAGAAUGGGUUGCUUUAAAUGUCAUUUUAAAACAUUUCUGCCUAAUGUGAUUUAGUCAAUAGUGACUUAUUUUAUCUAGAUUGAUUGUAUGCUUUUCAGAAACUGUUUUGAACAAGUGACCAUUUCCUUAUUAAUGUUUGUUCAAGAAAAGAUCCAAAUAUCAUGGGUCAAAUUUAGUAAUCACUGGGGUCAAGUAAAGUAAUCACUUGGUUCAAAUGAAGUAAUCAUUGGGGUCAAAUGAAGUAGUCACUGGGGUCAAAUGAAGUUUAAUAAAAGCAGUUGGUUGAACAUUUUGCAGACAGCAGUAUCUCUUAACUAUAAAAAGAUUGUACUGGUGAAACUUAUGAAGUGCUUCUGUAUUACGAUUUAAAUUUCUCAUAAAAACUCCAAUGUAAGAGCCUUGCCUGUUGUUUUGGUACAUGUACAAGUAUUACCACUCCAGGAAAAUUGGGACCGUUUCUGGAAGGGUCAUAUAUGGGGAAAAUGGUCAAUAUUGUCUUGCUUGAUAUACACCUUAAAUAUCAAAAUGUUAUACAGUUUGAAAUUUAAAUAUUAUUUUUGUUAAGAGAGUUGAUGCGUGAUCAGUGUGUUUAUGUAUGAGUGCAUUGUGUUAUAUUUUUUAUAGAUGUUCGCUGGCUUAAGUAUGGUUUGAUUCUAAUCAUGCAUCAUUCAUUUUUGUGAGAGUAAUUUUGUUAAGUAUUGUUGUUAUUUUUAAUGGCAGUAGUAAAAAGGGAUAGAAAGGUUUGAUCACUAGUUAACCAGAUGAAAUUAAAAAUUUAUUAUCAAUAUUUAUGUCCUUUCUACAAAGAUUUAAAAAUCAAUGCAUUAUUACCAAUGUCUGUCUCCAAGUGCAUUUAUAUGGUUUUAAAAGUCAAAUUUAAAUAUAUUUCUGAUAAUGCACCUAUACUGCUUUUUACUACUAUAAACCAACUUAUUUUCGUUGGUAGAAAGCAACACCAACAUUAAUGUCACAAAUAUGUUAGAUUAGGAUCUUACAUUAUAUAAAUAUGUCAAGAAAAUUAGAAAAUCACAAAAAUAAAUGGCUUCUAAGUCCGUAAAAUAAAGUAUCCACGAAAACAAGUUGGUUUACAUAAUUGACAGCAUUUAGUCAAAUAGAAAAUAGGUAAUAGUUAUAACAUCUGAAGGGUUUAAAUCUCAUAUCAAAUUUUACCUCGGACAGUGAAAGUCUCAAAACGUAGAUCGUAGACAUCAUACGUAAUUUGAAUAAAUCCCUCGAUACCCUCUUAAAGCCACAUUGGUGCCGAACAAAAAUACAAUUUUGAGAGGGUUAUGAAAUGGAUUUGUUGAAAUAUUUUUAUGUUUUAAAAAGUAUUAUCCAAAACAUUGCCAGAUAAGCAUUUUCUGUUUAUGCAUACAAUUUGUCUUUUUUAAAGUAUAUAUUUUGUGAUUAAAUGUUUUUGCUUAUGUUUUUCUUGAUUCCAGUAUUGUGCAAUAACUACAAGCUGUGUUUUAUGACUCAUAUAUAUAUUGUAAAUAUAUUCAGAAGUGUUGUCAGGUUUUCUGAUUUCUAAUUUUCACUUACCUUUAUAUACAUAUAUAAACUAUUUAAUUAUUUUGUGGAUGAGAUGAAGAUAAAGGGUUUUUGUUGGAGUUGUCAUGUUCUCAGCAGGGCAUUCACAUGUUCUUCAUUACUGACAAGCAUGCAUUUUAUAUACAUAAAAAGAAAAAUCUUAAAAUGUCAAUAACCAGUUAUAUAAAAUCACCACAUUGACAAUUUAAUAUAAAAUAGGGAGAUGUAAUAUGAUUGCAAAUAAUGUAGAUGUUAGCAACUAUAGGUCACUGUAUUGCCUUCAACAAUGAGCAAAACCCACACUGCAUACCAAGCUACAAAAGGCCUUAUUUUUAUAGUCAAUUUGAGAUUUUUCAGUGCAUUUAACAUGGUAUAACAAUCCAGAUAGUCAUGAUGGGUGUGUGUAUUUCUAAGAUUCAGUUAAAACAUGUAUUAUUGUUUGUAAAACCAAAAACAAUAGUGAACAUUAUAAUAAGAAGACAAAAAAGGGGGCUUUAAGUAUAAAUAUAGGAAAUGAUGACAAUUGUAGUUGGUGCUCUAUUAGGGUAACCCCCUUAAGUCACAAGGUCACUAAGUCACUUUUAAGCAAAUUUUAACAAUAACAAUGUGGUUUUCCCGUUUGAAUGGUUUUACACUCGUAAUUUUUGGGGCCCUUUAUAGCUUGCUGUUCAGUGUGAGCCAAGGCUCUGUGUUGAAGACCGUACUUUGACCUAAAAUGGUUUACUUUUAUAAAUUUUGACUUUGAGGGAGAGUUGUCUCAUUGGCACUCAUACCACAUCUUCUUAUUUCCAAUUAAAGGUCACAGGUCUUUUUUUGAAUUAAAACAUCAGGUCACAAGGUUGUCUGCCAAACUUAAGGUUGCCGGUUGGAUUUGACCUUGUUGGAGUCACAUAUUUUGACACACAAAUUUAAAAAGAAUAUCAAAAUAUCGUAGUACAUUCUUGUUUAAGAUGAAAAGCAAUUUCUUAUUCAAGCUUGUUUAUUUUGCUAAUUAUCUGAUAGAAGUUGAUAGGAACUUUGAGCUUGAUUGAAUUAAGUGUAAACAAAUAGUAGGUUAGGAUUGUAGGACAAAGGAUUGUGGACAGAAAUUGUUUUUCUUACUGACAGCUACUUUUAAACAUUAGGUACGAAGUUGACAAAAAAAAAGAUGACUUCUUUUGUUUCAAAUAAUAUUUCACUAUUAGCAAUCAGUAUGGUUCAAUUUUGUCAAAUAAGCUUAAAAACAUCACUGAUAUAUUAUUAGCUUGCAAGUUAAUAAUUCAAUGUCAUUUAAAUUGGUGUUCAUGUGAACUUAAAUUUCACUAUUUAACUGGAUAUCAGUCUAGUCUAAACUAUAUAUGAAAAACUGAUACAUUAUAAUGAGUCAAUGCAUUGUUAACUGUUUCUUUAGAACUUUUUUGUAAUUUGGAUAUACGUUUUAGUAUGUUAUGAAUCAAAAAAGGAGAAUUUGAGUAGAUUUGAAUGAUAAUUUACAUAAUAAAAAAAACAAAGGAUAUGGGGUAUCCAUCAAUGACACAAAAUCAGUACAUGCACAGCAAAAAACAUACAAAAAGCAAAGAAACAACGCUUUUUUUGCUGUUCUUCAUCUCAAAGUCACAGUGACCUUCAACAAGGAGCAUAAAAACUCACCUCACUGCAAGUUUAAGACGACCCCUAGCACCAGCUUGAGUAAGUUACAUAAUUUGACAGCUAAUGCCCUUUAAGAGGUAACUAAUUUCCCAUGUAUUUUAUUUACAGUUUACCGUUAAAUAUUUUUCAAUAAUCUAGCAUAUACUCAUUAAAUACAAAUUUUUUUUCUGCAAUUAAUUAAGUUCUUAUUAAUUUUGUUUUAUAAAUACUAAAAUUAUUCUAAAAUUUAACAGUUGCAUUUUAGCAUCAAUGGGUAUUUUUAAUUUGAUCACAUGUUUAGUAAAAUGCCAUAAUGUUGCUAGCUAUCGAGGAUUUUUGAAAAAUAACUGGUGUGAAAAAAAGGGGAAAUUGGCUCUACCUCUUACUAAUUCUUGUGACAGUACAAUAUUUUAGCCUUAUUAUAUAAAUUGCUUCAUAUGCUUAUUAAAGUUUUGCAUAAUAUGGAAAUAAGAAUAUCUCAGAAAAUCAAAUGUCUGUUAUAAUGUUUUCAUGAGAACUGUGUUAUUGUUUCAAAUGGUAUAUAUUUUAAGUCCUUGAAUUGUUUUAGUUUAUUUUAUUUUUGUCUGAUAUAUGUAUCAAUUAAAAUUGUAUAAAUUUA